AUGAGCGGCAAAGACACCGUCUAUGACGCGGUGCUGAAAGCACUGGUCAGCGAUGCGCCGAAGGACGAUGAGUUCUAUUGGCGGCUCGGCAAGACAGUGGCGGACUUGGUGAAGGAAGAGCGCCGAGAAGCGCCUGCCGAAUGCGAUCAUCGCCUGUCGACGGCGAUGAUAGAACGAGUCGAGUGGGCCGUCGCGAAGGAUGAAGACCAGGCGGUGGCCAACAAGGACAGAAGGGAGAGGACAUGCACCUUCUGUCAUUCGAGGACACACGGCACAUGGCGAUGCAAUGUGGUGGUGUUCCAGUGCCAGCGUCAGAAGGCGGCGGAUCGGAUAGGCGUAUGCUUACGCUGCGGAAGAUAUCACCACACGGUGACGGAAUGCGGUUCAGGUGCAAUGACUCCGAAGAGCAAACGAGGCUCGAAGAGAGCGUCGAAGAAUGGCGAUGAGACUGAGCCGAUCGACGACCUUCCCACUGAAGGCGAUCAGUCAGCGAUAGCUGGAAGGGUCGAGGACUCGACGGCGGCACCGGACGAGUGUGGCCCGGUUUCGGCCGACGUAGCUACCCAAGCGGACUUGGGAAGCCCUCCGGCGAAGAAGACGCGGUUCGGAGUCGAUCGGGGGCUCACGCGAGAGGAGCUCGAGCACAUGAUCGCGGAGAUCGAGAGUAGAUCGGACAAGAAGUGGCACCAGAGGACGAUGAGAGCCCUUGAAGCGACGGUUCAAGGCGAGUCGGCCAUGCAGGCCACGAUCGCGUCGUGGAGCAAGACGCUCCAGAACGACGUCGGACGGGUGGCGACGGACACCAGCCACAUUCGGACCAAAACGGUGGAGCUGGCAAUGGAGGUGGCGGAGAUGCGGCGCGCCUUGGGAAGGGAGAAGCAGGCUCAUCAGGACGUGCUGUUGAUGCUUCAACAGCUACGCGAAGAGCAUGUUACUCUUAACAAGCAACUGGCGGCAGUACUCGCGAGCGCGACUUCGGAACCGAAGGUGACGAUCGGCGGCGCCGGAAAGCCGGAGAAGGUUAUCACCUGCACGCUGUGCGCCGAGGACCACAAGGAGGAGCUUUGCCAGAAAUUCCCGACGGCGACGGACCGGCUGCUCAAGGCCAUCGAGGCGGAGCUGUGUCUGAAGUGUGCCAGGCACUCAGCUCGAGUUAAGUGCCGCCACCAGCGGUUGAAGUGCCCGAGGUGUGGCUCGGAAGCCCACUUGCAGACGAGUCUCGGCGGCGGUAAAGCGGCUGGGACGGCGGCUGCUCACCUGGACAACCUCGAAGGAAACGUUCCCUCGUUGGAAGAACUCCGAACGGCUAGGCCGAUUUGGACUACGCUCAAGAAGGCCUUGGAGGACUUGGUCCGACUGGCCGAGCUGGAAACGGCGGCCAUUGGCGAGUUAACCGAGGCGAAAGUGCCAGAGAAGGCUCUUCUUGAUGGGCUCCGAGCGGUGGAGGAGCAUAAACGGCACCGCGGAGUGCGACGAGUCUGGUUAGAGACUGUCAGGUGCUCGAAAAGGUUCGAGGCGACGGGAGCACACUAUGGCAGCGGUUCGAGAGCGAUUCUGGAUCACGGGUCUACGACGACUGGUAGUUCAAACGCUACGAUCGUGCGUAGUUUGUCAAAAGAUGAACGGACGACCGUUCCGAUACCCGGAGUUGCCAGCGCUUCCGAAAUGCCGAGUGACUAG